AUGGCGUACAGCCAGUUUCCUCCGCGGAGAACGUCCUGUGGUGCCCCAGCCGUUGGGGCUCUGCACCGCGGACCACAGCCUCCUGGCGCCCCCCGGGCCGGGGCAGCCGGGCCGAGGAGUGUCGGUGUGGUCCGGCUACGGGGCGGGGCCGGCGGGAGCUCCGGUCGCCGCCGCCGCCGCUGCUGCCUCCGCCUGCCUCUCGGGCCGCCCGCUCGCCCGCCGCUGGGUGCGCUGCACGCGGGGGGCAGCCGCGGUGCAGAGGUUCAUGCAGCGGCGGCGGCGGCGGCGGCUGCUGUUGCUGCCGCCGCGGAGGCAGACAGACCGGGCGCUGCCACCGCCGCCCUCCCCCGGCUCCAUGCCGCCGCCGCUGCCGCCUCCUCCUCUCCGGCGAGGGGCGGGGGGCUCCGGCCCGGGGUGGGCACCAUUCCUCGCAGCGCCGCUCCCCUCCCUGCCCUCCGCCCGGGCGCUGGAGCCGGCGAGGGCACCCGCCGCCUCCUAGGAGUGCACCCUCCGCGCGCCCUGCCGGAGCGAGGGGGCGGGCGUGGGCGGGCGUCGGGGCAGCGGGGACCCCGCGCGGCAGCAAGAGGAGGGGGCUUCCCCAAGGAUGCCCGGCGGCUCCCCGCUCCUAGGUGCGAGCUGAGUCUGACCGGGAGCGAGCGGCGCGUCGCCAUGCCGGCGUGACGGGCGCCCCCGGCUGCCCGCGCGGGCCCCCGCGCUGCCCCACGCCGCGCCGUGCCGGCACCGGGCUGCAGGAUGGGCUGUAUCCAAAGCAUCACCUGCAAGGCGCGGAUCCGGCGCGAGAACAUCGUGGUGUACGAUGUGUGCGCCACCAUCGACCAGUGCCCCACGCGCAUCGAGGAGACCUCGCCCAUCGUCCUGCGCUACAAGACCCCCUACUUCAAAGCCUCCGCCCGCGUGGUCAUGCCCCCCAUCCCCCGCCACGAGACCUGGGUGGUGGGCUGGAUUCAGGCGUGCAACCAGAUGGAGUUCUUCAACACCUACAGCGACCUGGGCAUGUCUCCUAGUAGGACAAGGAAAGCCCAGCAAGCACAACCACAUGGCAGAGACUGAGAAGGAGGAAGUGAGCAAUGGCUGGCGGUUCCAGAAGCUGAAUCCCUGGACAGCUGAUUUCCCAUUAAAAUGUGUGCCAUCCUGCCUACCUCCUCGCCUUCCUCCCGUCCCGUGACCAGUCCCUCCUACCCACCCUCCACGAGCCAUGUGGCAUUUGCCCUGGGCUGACUGGGCUGCCUGCUUGGCCCAUGGGGAGCUGUGUUGAAGUGAGAGUUGUGCCUGCUGUAUCUUUUUGUGUGUGGAAAGAUGGGGUUCAUUCAGAUCCCAAGUCCUUUCCCCAACCCUCAAAGUGAAGCCUCCUAGGGAUGAAGAGCUGGUCAGCCUGGACUUUAAAUACCUAAUGUGGCCCAGCCUUGGUUCCCAAACCCUGCCUUCCCUCCCUAUGCUUUUGGGUGAGAAACGGGGGAUUUGUAUCUCCCUUCCUCCUCCUUCUCCAUGUGGGUGGCCUCUCUAGGUUUCUCUGUGUUCUCUGAUCCUUGGAGAGCCAGAGCCAAGGCAGUCAUCUUGUUCCCCCUUCCACGGCCAGGCUGGGUGCCUUCAGGUGACCAGGGGCAGAGUGUAAGUCACCAGGAUCAAUGGGGUGAGGGGAAAACCACCUUAAGAGGGAAAAAAUGGUGUGCAUUGGUUUAUUUAUUGAUUUAUUGGCUUGCUUACUGAUGUAUUUAUUUAUACUUAUUAUACAACACAAAAUCCAUUUCCAUUUUUUUAAGCAUCAGCCCCAGAAUUUGUCUUCCUGGGCCCAUAGAGCACAGUGAAUUAUUUCUCUUUGAAGCUUCAGAAUAGAGAGGGAAAUUUUUCUCCUUACGCCCAAACACCUCCACCUCAGCCACAUUUUCAACCAGACAUGGGAUUAGAAAUCACCAGCUAACAAGGCUGUAAAGUCACACAAAUCAGCAGAGGCUUGACUGUCUAGAUAGCCCUCAGAAUCCGGCCUCCGCCCCAACCACCUUGCACCAGUCCUCUCAUUCUCCUUUACUCAGGUGGGGAUUGACCAGCCAUCUUCAGCCUAACAGUGCAGAACAAAAUUUCUCAUUCUGCUCUGAUGUAGUAUUCUAACAUCAGAUGCACGUUAGAAUCAUCUGAGGAGCUUAAAAAAUAUACAUGCCUGGUCCCCUGCCCAAACCAGUUAUAGCAUCGAAGGGUAGAUCCUGGGCAUCGGAGUUUUUUAAGUUACCCAGAUGACUCUAAUGUGAAAAUAGGGUUGGAAAGUUCUAGUAUCACCUCUCCCUUGCCCCUCCCCAUCCAGAUUCUUUCAUCUCUACUUCCCAAGCUUUCUCUGGAGUCCUCUUCCCGUUCCUCCAGCCCCUUCUCCUCUCUGCACCUUCCCCAUCAGCUCAGCCAACCAUAGCAGAUCCCUGGAGAGGGGGCAGGUCCCAUGAGUGGUACUCUGAGGCUGGUUCCUGCAUCCAGCCUGGGGGCUGCUCCCAAACAAUUUCCAGCUUUUCUAGGAGCAGAAACCUACUCUCUGCAGAUUCUCUGUUCACCUGCACCUUCUCCAGGUUCCCAAACUCCAAAAGUUUAAAGGGCACUUUGGCGACAUUUCUGUCUCCAAGCCCCAGUCUUGAUGGUAUGGCCCAUGUAAGUCUUAUAACCCAAGCCUUGGCCAUUUCUGCAGAGCCAUCUGAGUUGAAUGAGGAUCUACUGUUAACAGAGAAAGGGGUCACAGUGCUCCCCCAGCAAGUCCUUUUUCCAACAACCAACCUCCUCAGCCAUCUAGGAUUUGGAUCCACAAUGCAGCAGCUACUGUGCAUUCAAAUCCUAGAUGGCUGAGAAGAGGCAUCUCACCCUUCACAUCUACAAGAUCUCCACUGCUGGGUAUGAGUAAAUGUGUGUGUGAGUGCGUGUACACGUACAUGUGCACACACUGUCUACAUACAAACCAUCUAGAUCUAUAGAGAUGCCAGGCUUCACUUUACAUGUGAUUACAUUUUACAUGAAAACAGUUGAGGGCUUUCGUUAUCUUUCACUUGAUGGAGUUUCACUGUGUUAUGUUCAUGAUGGGCCCCAGUGAACUCCAUAUCAGGUAUAUACAUAGAAUGUAUAAUAUAUACAAACUGUUAGACACACUACACACACACACACACACACACACGCAGAAAGCCUAGGGAAACCUGUGAUGUGGGUAAGUUCAUUUUGCCAUCCCAUCUCCUCCAUCUAAGUAAUUUCCCGGGGCAAGCAUUGUUUCACACACUCCCCUCAGCUGCCCAGCCAUUCCCUCUCCAGCGUCCCAUACCACCAAGCCUUCUUUCCCCAUCAGUCCAAAUGUCCCUGCCCCAUGUCCCAUCUCUCAGGGUCCUACUCUCUGAUAGGUGACAGUUCAGUCAGUGGGUGCUAAAGAGUCGAGUGUUACCCUUCCCAGGUGACAUUUACGUUUUAAUAGGGGCUACAGAUAAUGCCUUAAUCAGAAAGAGUGGCUGUAGUGGUGGGAAUUUCAGGCACAGAAGUGGGCCAGUAAGGGAGAUUAUUUUAUAUCAGGAGGGCAUUUUAGAGCCCCCGAGUCAUACCUGUCUGUAAGCGCAGCCCUUCAUAAGUGCAUGAGCACAAGCAAGCACACUUACCUACAUUAUACCCUCCAUAAUUUUGAGAUACCUCCCUUGCAUUGGCCCUAUCUUUAAAAAUGAAAAAAAAAACCCAACAAAAAACAAAAACAAAACAGGGAACUAGCUAAAUUAAUUUAGAUCUCACUGGGAAACGUAGCCUAUUUUUUCACCGGCUGCCAGCCAUCUGGCCCACCCCACCCUGUUCAAUUUCCCUUCUGCUCUUUAUCUUUUCAGCUAUGACCGACUAUAUCAGUUAAUUUACUUGUACGUGUCCUCUCUGCUGUCUCCUUACCCUGCUCCCCUACACCAUGUAUUUCCUUCCUUUACCAUUUCCUCCUUGGAAUUGUGCUGUGUUUUGUUGUCCUGGAGGACAGAAGAGCAGGUUAAGGCAUGAGCAUGUGUGUAUCACUUUGAAGAAAGAGAAACCAGGUAUUCUGCUACAGUUUGGAGAAAAACCCAAUGAAGGAAGAAAUGAAAGCUGGCUCUGCAGAGUGCCUUAAAAAUGACUUUAAUUAGGAAAUUCUGAGUUGUCGGUCUUCAGAUGUUACAUAAACUCAAACAGAUGUUGCAUUUCACUUCUCUGGGAUUAAAAAAAGUUAAAUACAGUGUGUAUUCAACAACAACAACAAAAUAUGUUUUCUCUUUAAUUUGGUCCUCAAAGAUGCAGUGCCUGGUUUUCUACAAAACCUGGGGAUGGCCCCAGGAACAAGCAAGCUCUGGAACAUACAGAGGGCAGAUGCAGGAAUCCUGCCCAGCCAGGAAAGCUCUGGCAGGCUAAGGCAUAAUGUUGCCAUCAAAUUUGGUCCAAAAGACAAUUCUAAGAUGGGAAAAAGCAUGGACAACUGUAAGGGAAAGAAAGGGAUCCUCACCCUUCUCCCUAAUGACACGCUUUGGGCUUAGUCUUUUGGGGCUGCUAUAACCAAUCCUAAGUUGGGUGGCCUAUGAACAACAGAAAUGUAUUUCUCACUGUUCUGGAAGCUGGGAAGUCCACGAUCAAGGCUGUGGCAGAUUCGAUGACUGGGGAGGCCCUGCUUUCUAGUUCAUACUUGGCACCUUCCAGCUGUGCCCUCACAUGGUGCAAAGGACAAAUGAGCUUCCCUGGGCCUCUCUUACAAGAGGUCUGUCUUCAUGACCUAAUCACCUCCCAAAAACCCCACCCCCUAAUACUAUCACCAUGGGGGUUAGGAUUUCAACAUGAAUUUGUGGGGGAUACAAAUAUUGGAACAUAGCACUCUCCUCAUCUAUGAUUCAGUGCUGUGAAAUUGGGAGAAAGAGAACAUUCUAGAAUCAGAGGAUAAAGUUUGCCCUUCCAUCUCUUUCGUACUACCAUUUCUUCCUGGAACACCCUUGACCAGAUUCUGCUUUGCUUUUGCUAAAUUAUUUUACUUUAGCUUAAUGUUUGCCACCUAGGAUCUGAUCAAAACAGGUCAUCUUAAAGUUUGAGUUCCUGAGGCAGUUAGGUUUCUGGAAUGUUGCCUUCUCUCCCUGAGUGUUGGUAUAUGUAAAUGGUCAGACUCAUCCAGGCAAGAGUGGGAACUGCAGGGUUGGAAGAGAGGUCUUGAGGUGUACUUGGAUUCUGAAAACUAUGGAGGUUGACAGGACUGAAGACCUAGCCUAUCAGAGCCCUCCUCCUGCCGGUCCCCACCACCUGCACUCUGAUCUUUCCACAAGAUAUAUGACCCUUCUGUGGGGUCCACAGUUUUAAGAGGGCUGAAAGUCACUAAUUCACAUUAAUUCAUUCAUUCAUAUUCUCUCUCUCUACACACACACACACACACCAGUCAAAAGAGGGAGAGCAAGGAGACCCAGAUAUUGAAAUAAAAAGUGGUAAAUAGUGGUUAUCACUCCUGGAAAAAAAAUUUAAGAAAAGGGCCUCUGUCAUGCAUGUCAUCGGGUGAGGGAGUAUUUUUAAAUAUACAUAUGUCUAACCUAAGACCCCUCUACCCUCACCAGGUGGCCUGAGCAGCACAUGCUCAACUCUGGAGCAAGCAGCUUUGCAGACACAUUUUAGAAAAGGGAUUCCUGCAUCUUCUCUAUCAGAAUGCAUGAUCUCUGGAAAGAACAAUUGGCACUUUUUUCUUAGUUCAUUCAUUUCAAGAAAUAAAUAAGGAACUGGCAAUUGCUGAACACACUGCAGUAUGUAUGUGUGUAUAUAUACAGCACAAAUGUAUGAGUGAGGGUUGGUAGAAUAUAGUGACAGUUGAGGCAAACUGAAAAUACAAGUGGUAUUUCUUUCUCACUUAAAGAAAACUAAGUUCCAUGUUAACUUGGAAAAGGGAACAGGGAUGUGUCUGAUUUUUUGAAAACCAAAUUGUCAUAUAUUUAACGAAGUUACUUGGGGGAGCAAAAACAAUAUUCAAACAAAACUAUAUAUUUAUUGUUACCUACAUGAAGAAAUGGUGUAGCCUGCCAUGUUACAUAUAUGGUCACAUUUCUUUUAUUUUUGAAAUUAAUUACCUGAACCAUCUUAUGUUUUGUUAACAGAGAGCACAGUAAUCCCUUUUUAAGGUUUUCCCAGCCCAUCUAAUUCCAAUUUCUCAAAAACCCUGGAUCCUGAACUCAGUCCCAAGAGAUUCAAAACCCCAAGCAGAAGCCGGGCAUACUAACCUGUUCCUGCCUUCCCUGCCCACUGCGUAAAGGAAGAUGGCAGUUCAUUGCAGCCAGGAAGCCCAGGACACAAGUUAUCACCUUGGUAUAGCUUCUGGCAUACCAAGUCAUUAUUCUCAAAGCAGAAUGACGCCAAGGGGCCAGUACUGGAGGCCUGUCCAGAAUCAUUCCUAAGUUGUGCUGAAACAGACUCCCUCACAAAUCUCUUAAGUGUGUUCAUUACACCCAAGUCAACAACCUAAACCACUGUCCUCCCCAAGUUGGUGACCUGCCAAUUUUCUUCGGCUGCCAGCCCAGGUGUGGGCCCCCUUGGAGCUCCCAUGGGAAUCCCUGUUUCAAACCUUGAUGAAGAGGGGCUGAGCUGUCAGUUCUUGCCUUGCAGAAAGUUCCAGCUUCUAAUGAAUUUUUCCACGUCCUCCGUGCCCUUCUUCUCCCUGAAACCCUAUAUUUUCAUAGCUAAAGAUCACUGGAGUGAUCUGCAGAGCAAAAGGAUGUACUAUUUCAGCAAGCACUUAUUAUGUGACUGCCAUGUGCCAGACUUUUAGAUGCUAGGAACUCCUCAGCAAACCAGACAGACAAAAAUCCAUCCCUCCUAGAACUUCCAUUCUAGUGAGAGGAAAGAUAGACUGUAGACAUAAUAAAUAAAUAAAUUUGUAUGUUAGGCAGUGAGAAAUAUUAUGGGAGAAGGAAAAAACAAGAACAGAUGAGGGGAACCAAGAGGACAGAGUUGUUUCCUUUAUGUUUGGGCUAUAUCAAGAAGCAACUAUCAAUUAUUACAUUUAAUAAAGAUAAUUUUUUACCUCUCCAGGCACCUCCUUUAUGCAUUAACAGGCAUCCUAUUCCAUUAGAGGCUUCACAUCUAUGCUUUAUACAUUUCAGAGCAGAAUCAGGUUUAUCGUCUACUGUUUUUACCAUAAUCCAUGGAGAGUCCAUUUACUGCAGCUUUGAAAAAUAAAAUGACGUUCUCAAGUUCACACAGCUGUUAAAUAUUAGGAUGAGGAUCCCAGUAUGGCUCUUUUGACUUCAUCGUAUGAUUUUCUCAAUGCACUUGUAAAAAGCACAAAACAUGAAGCUGGAACAUCUAAAAUAGAGACCCAGCAUUGCCUCUUACUAGGUAUACAAAACCUUGAAAUGUUCCCUGCAAACGUAAGACUGGAUGUGACCGGGUAUGGUGGCUUACGCCUGUAAUCCCAGCACUUUGGGAGGUCAAGACAGGCAGAUCACUUGAGGUCAGGAGUUCGAUACCAGCCUGGCCAACAUGGUGAAACCCCAUCUCUACUAAAAAUACAAAAAAAUAGCUGGGCAUAGUGGCAUAUGCCUGUAAUCCCAGCUACUCGGGAGGCUGAGGCAGGAGAAUCUCUUGAACCCAGGAGGCGGAGGCUGCAGUGAGCCAAGAUAGCACCACUGCACUCCAGCCUGGGUGACAGAGUGAGACUCAUCUCAAAAAAAAAACAAAA